AAUAAGAGGCAGAAAAAGAAGAAGAAGCACGACAGCAAGUAAUUUUACAAUUUCGCCGCAGUGGAUUUUUAUUUUGAUUAGCUUUAGUAGGGCAUAUUAUUGAACGCCAUCAACGACAGCAUAAAGAUGCCCCUUAAAUUGGACAUCAAGCGACGCCUCACAUCGCGCUCAGACCGUGUCAAGUGCGUUGACCUGCAUCCGGCCGAGCCGUGGAUGUUGUGUGCUCUUUACAAUGGCCACGUACACAUCAUGAACUAUGAGAACCAGCAAUUGGUUAAAGAUUUCGAGGUAUGCGACGUCCCUGUGCGCUCCGCUCGCUUCGUGGCUCGCAAAAAUUGGAUUAUAACCGGCUCCGAUGAUAUGCUCAUCCGUAUUUUCAACUACAACACACUGGAGAAGGUCCACUCCUUCGAGGCGCACUCCGAUUACCUACGCUGCAUUGCAGUGCAUCCCACACAGCCCCUGGUGCUGACCAGCAGCGACGAUAUGCUUAUCAAAUUGUGGAACUGGGAGAAGAUGUGGGCAUGUCAGCGCAUCUUUGAGGGUCACACACACUAUGUCAUGCAGAUUGUGUUUAAUCCGAAGGAUAAUAACACCUUUGCCUCCGCAUCCUUGGAUCGUACCGUUAAGGUGUGGCAGCUGGGUUCGGUGUUUGCCAACUUUACGCUGGAGGGGCACGAGAAGGGUGUCAAUUGUGUGGACUACUAUCAUGGCGGUGACAAGCCGUAUUUGAUUUCUGGUGCCGACGAUCGGUUGGUUAAGAUCUGGGAUUAUCAGAACAAGACCUGUGUGCAAACACUCGAGGGGCAUGCACAGAAUAUUUCGUCCGUUUGCUUCCAUCCCGAGUUGCCCAUUGUGCUCACUGGAUCCGAAGAUGGAACCGUGCGCAUCUGGCACUCGGGCACAUACCGCUUGGAGACCUGCCUCAACUAUGGCUUUGAGCGCGUGUGGACUAUUUCCAGUAUGCGUGGCACCAACAACGUUGCCUUGGGCUACGACGAGGGCUCCAUCAUCAUCAAGGUGGGCCGCGAGGAACCGGCCAUGUCCAUGGAUGUGGUUGGCAGCAAAAUCAUUUGGGCCAAACAUUCCGAAAUGCAACAGGUCAAUUUGAAAACCAUUGCGGAUGGCACCGAAAUCAAGGACGGCGAGCGUCUGCCCGUUGCCGUUAAGGAUAUGGGCGCCUGUGAAAUCUAUCCGCAGACCAUUGCACACAAUCCCAAUGGCCGUUUUGUGGUCGUCUGUGGUGACGGCGAAUACAUCAUCUAUACAUCCAUGGCGCUGCGCAACAAGGCCUUUGGUUCCGCUCAGGAGUUUGUCUGGGCGCUAGAGAGCAAUGAGUAUGCCAUACGCGAGAACAAUGGCACGGUUCGCAUCUUCCGAAAUUUUAAGGAGCGAAAAAGCUUCACGCCCGAAUAUGGCGCCGAGAGCAUCUAUGGUGGCUACUACUUUGGCGUAAAGACCUCUUCGGGCUUGGCCUUCUACGACUGGGAGACAUUGCAGCUGGUGCGACGCAUCGAAGUGCAGCCGCGCAAUGUGUUCUGGAACGAAAGUGGCAGCCUCGUCUGCCUUGCCACCGAUGACUCGUACUUCAUCUUGGGUGUGGAUGCGGCACAAAUCGCCAAUGCGCUGGAGACCAAGGAGGGCCUUGAGGAUGAUGGUGUGGAAAGUGCAUUUAAUGUGCUCGGCGAGGUUUCCGAGUCUGUGAAAACUGGACUGUGGGUGGGCGAUUGCUUCAUUUACACCAAUUCGGUGAAUCGCAUCAAUUACUACGUGGGCGGCGAGAUUGUGACCAUAUCACAUUUGGAUCGCACCAUGUACUUGCUGGGUUAUGUGCCGAAGGACAAUCGCUUGUAUUUAGGCGACAAAGAGCUGAAUGUGAUUAGCUUCUGCCUGCAGUUGUCCGUCCUGGAGUACCAGACGGCCGUGAUGCGACGCGACUUUGAGCGCGCCGAUCUUGUGCUGCCCACCAUACCGAAGGAGCAUCGCACGCGUGUCGCUCACUUCCUGGAGAAGCAGGGUUUCAAGGAGCAGGCGCUGCAGGUGUCCACAGAUGCGGAUCACAAAUUUGAUCUGGCACUGCAAAUUGGCGAGCUGGAAAUCGCAUUGAAGCUGGCACGCGAGGCGGAGAACUCACAGAAAUGGUCACAGCUGGCCGAUGUGGCGGCACGCAAGAAUAACAUGGCCCUUGUCAAGGAGUGCAUGCAGAAGGCCAACGAUUUCAGUGGCCUGCUGCUGCUCUCGACGGCCUCGAGUGAUGCCCAGAUGCUGGAGGAGGUGGGUGCGACUAGUUCCGCCCAAGGACGCCAUAAUAUUGCAUUCCUCGCUGCCUUUCUCCGUUCCGAUGUCGACCGUUGCCUGGAGAUUCUCAUCGAGACGAAUCGUCUGCCCGAGGCGGCGUUCUUUGCCCGCACCUACUUGCCCAGCCAAAUGUCGCGAGUGGUGGAAUUGUGGCGUGAGGAGUUGAGCAAGGUCAAUGAGAAGGCUGGCCAAUCGCUGGCCGAUCCCACACAGUACACAAAUCUCUUUCCGGGUCUGGGCGAUGCCCUCCGCGUUGAGCAACAUCUGCUGGAGGAGCGAACGCGCAAGUUGCCCGCUCGCAUCGCCGGUCAGCUGCCACUAAAUAGCGAGCGUAAUCCGCUCGAGGAACUGCAUGCGAUCGAGCAGCAGAGUGGUGUUGGUCAGCAGGAGGAGAAAGUGAAGCCGGCAUUUGUGCCAGCAGCAGCGAUCUUGACCACAGCAAGCAGCACUGCUGCGACUGCAGCUGCUGCCGUCAGUGAGGAUGAUGACGAUGACGAUUUGGAUCUGGAGAUUGAUGGGAUUACGCUGGAUGACAACAUAGAUACGACAGAUGUUAAUCUGGAUGACGACUUUCUCAGCGAUGAUUAGAUGUGUUGGCUGCCCCAAAGCACACGCUGUAUUCGAUAAUAUGCAUAGAAAUAUCGUAAAUUCCUUUGUUGAUUCGGGAAAGAAAACUCCAAAAAAACAAAAACCACAAUCGCAAUUGAAAGCUGCUAAUUCCACAAACAUUCACCGUUGAUUUGAUUGAACGAGUGUUUCCCGUGCAUUAAUUAUACAAAUUAAAAAUCUAUUAUAUAUAUACCUAUCUAUAAUGUACAACAUUUAUGCAGCAAAAUCGAAUUGCAAUAAAUAUUAUAUUUAAAAA